CAUAGUGAUUAUCAGAAAAAGAUGCAUAAAGAAGGAUGAUCGAACAUUCUCAUUGUACAAAAACUGAUGCAUUGCAUUCAAUACCAUUUUAUAGGAAAAUCAAUGAGUGUUUUUCACACAGAGUGAAGUGAUUAGUUCGAUCAACAAUAUUCUUAAUCAGUAACUCCAAGCAGGAAACUACUUACAACAAGAUGGAACAAUGCAAGAGGAUUUUUCAAGCAUUCGGACGACGAAAGAAUGUCGAUCCAAAGAAUUUGUUAGUCAGUCGUUUUAGAAGAAACUUAAAUAUUUUUGACCUUAUUGGAAUAGGUAUGGGUAGUUCAUUAGGAAUUGGAGUAUAUAUAGUAUUAUCAUAUGUAAUAAAACAUCAAGCCGGUCCAUCAGCAGUGUUGUCUGUUAUAAUAGCAGGUGUUGCAGCCUUGUUAUCUGGUUUCUGUUACUCAGAAUUCACCACACGCCUCCCACAAGCCGGGUCAUCGUAUGUUUUUGUAUACGCCUCUUUGGGGGAGCUAUCAGCCUUUGUCAUUGGUUGGAGUAUGAUACUAGAGAACAUUAUCUUAGCUGCAGCUGCUGCAAAAGCAUGGAGUCAAUAUUUUGAUGGUCUGCUGAAUGGUACAAUACACAGCUAUACCCGUACUUAUUUACAAUGGACGGGAGAUGGAUUUUUUACCGACUGUCCAGAUAUUGUAUCGUGUGGUAUCUUGUUUAUAACUUCUCUCCUGUUCGUAUGUAACGCAAAGGCGUCCACACUGAUUUCGUUUAUCCUGACGACAAUGAAUGGAUUAGUAAUUAUUGUAUUAUUUUAG